UUCAGGCAAGCCUUAGCCUGCCGGGGUCACCGUUCAAUCUCCGUCGAAGCAGCCGCGGUAGCCACCAAUUUACGAUCAGAAACGGCCGCGGACGUUUCGUACCGCCAGGCGGUGACCGGAAACCGUUGGUACUGUCGACGUUCCUCGACGCCCAGGAACACCUGCCGUACGCGGACGACUCGAACGCGGUCACGCCGAUGUCCGAGGAGAACGGGACGAUCGUCGUCGCGCCGUACUACACGAAUCUGGGAUCCAGGCACUCGUCGUACACGUCGCACGCUUCGCGGGUGUCGUACACGUCGCACGGCGAUCUGAUCGGCGGCAUUGCGAACGCGAAGCCGAUGACCAAGGAGAGCCAGCUGAGGAUCCGAUCGUCCAGGCCGCCGUCCGUGAACGGCCACUUCACGGAUUCCAAUCAAAAGUACCACUGCGGUUCAUACAACCUUAAAUAUUUGCAUGAAAUUUUUAAUCUAUCUGACGCAUCGAAUUCAUUGAAUUUGUUCGCAGACGUGUUGGUACUGAACGACAUAAUAGAACAGGCCGGACGACAGACCAGAACUCCGGAGCAAGGAGCCGACGAUGAAGAGGGUCCAACGUUCAAGGACAAGUUGUUGGCCGCGGCGCUACGUUGCAUCGAUAUUUUCUGCGUGUGGGAUUGUUGCUGGUUGUGGCUAGAAUUUCAAAAGUACGUGUCCCUUUUGGUGUUCGAUCCAUUCGUAGAGUUGUUCAUCACCCUUUGUAUCGUCGUCAACACACUAUUCAUGGCGCUCGACCAUCACGACAUGGACAAGGACAUGGAGAGGGUGCUCAAGACAGGAAACUACUUCUUCACGGCGACAUUCGGUAUCGAGGCAACGCUAAAAUUGAUAGCUAUGAGUCCGAAAUAUUACUUUCAAGAGGGAUGGAAUAUCUUCGACUUCAUCAUCGUCGCUCUCUCGCUUCUGGAAUUAGGAUUAGAAGGUGUCCAAGGUCUCUCCGUACUGCGAUCAUUCAGAUUGUUGAGAGUGUUCAAGCUGGCGAAAUCGUGGCCGACGCUGAAUCUGCUGAUCUCGAUCAUGGGCAGGACGGUGGGCGCGCUGGGUAACUUGACCUUCGUGCUCUGCAUAAUUAUCUUCAUCUUCGCGGUGAUGGGUAUGCAGUUAUUCGGCAAGAACUACACCGACAACGUCGACCGUUUCCCGGACGGCGAUCUACCAAGAUGGAACUUCACCGACUUCAUGCACUCGUUCAUGAUUGUAUUCCGUGUGCUGUGCGGCGAAUGGAUCGAGUCCAUGUGGGACUGUAUGCUCGUCGGCGACGUAUCCUGCAUUCCGUUCUUUCUGGCGACCGUCGUGAUUGGUAAUUUAGUCGUGCUGAACCUCUUCUUGGCUUUGUUGCUGAGCAACUUCGGCUCGUCGAAUCUGUCGGCGCCGACAGCGGACAACGAUACGAACAAGAUCGCGGAGGCGAUCGAUCGAAUAGCGCGAUUCAUUAAGUGGGUCAAGCGAAAUUUCCUAUAUAUUGCUAAAAUGAUGCGAGCCAGACUCACCAAUCAGAUAUCCGCUCAGGCGCCAGGUGAGGGACCGUCCAACAGUUGGAAAGAAGAUGGAAUUGAUCGCGAUGGGGACAAAGAUCUUGCAGAUGGCGAGCUGGAUGCGUACAGAGACAAAAAGAGUGCCAAGGAACUGAACCAACUGGAAGUUGCUAUAGGGGACGGAAUGGAAUUCACCAUUCAUGGAGACUUAAAGAACAAAUUGAAGAAGGGAAAAAUGUGCUUGAACAACAGCAAAGUGAUCGCCAACUCGAUUAAUCAUCGUGACUACAAGCUCGACAACGAUUAUAUUAAUAACGAGGACGAUACCAUUAGUAAUAAAUCAUACGGUAGCCAUAAGCAUAGGGCGUUCAAGGACGAAAGUCACAAGGGCAGCAUGGACUCGUUGGACGGCGAGGAGAAGAAAGACGCGAGCAAAGAGGAUUUGGAGCAAGAAGAAGAUCUGGGAGAGGGCGGCGAGGAGCGGGAGAGCGACUUGGGCGACGGGAUCAUCCAGGCGGACGAGGAUCCGAUCGAGUCCGACUAUCCGGCCGAUUGCUGUCCGGAAAAUUGUUACAAGAAGUUCCCGUUCUUGGCUGGCGACGACGACGCUCCGUUCUGGCAGGGUUGGGCGAACUUGAGACUGAAGACCUUCCAACUAAUUGAGAACAAGUAUUUUGAGACUGCCGUCAUUAUGAUGAUCCUUUUGAGUAGUAUGGCUCUCCUCUCACUGAUCAACUUGGGCGCGAUCUGGGCCGGCGCCGCCGACAUCCCGGCCUUCCGUUCCAUGAGAACACUGAGGGCCUUGAGGCCUUUACGAGCCGUUUCACGAUGGGAGGGCAUGAGAGUAGUCGUCAACGCUUUGGUUCAAGCCAUUCCAUCCAUUUUCAACGUGUUACUAGUGUGUCUUAUCUUCUGGUUGAUCUUCGCCAUUAUGGGUGUACAGCUUUUUGCCGGGAAAUAUUUCAAGUGCGUAGACGCGAACAAAACCACGAUGAGCCACGAGAUAAUCGCCGAUCGAAACGCCUGCAUCACCGAAAACUACACCUGGGAGAACUCGCCGAUGAACUUUGACCACGUAGGGAAGGCGUACCUUUGCCUGUUCCAAGUGGCCACGUUCAAAGGAUGGAUUCAGAUAAUGAACGACGCGAUCGACUCGAGGGAGGUGAGUGUCUGCCUAAUUGCAAGCUCGUUCAGCUUCCGUCUGUUCGACGAAUCUGACACGAAAUCUGACAUGAUUAAUUGGACCGUUUAUUUUGAAAAUGGUCUAAGUCCAUUUUUGAGAAAAAUGAGAUAUCACGUAAUUCAUAUUGUCUGUGUUCGCUUGGGACGUGCACAGGAUAACGAAAUUUGUAUACGCUUUGUGUCUAUUUUUCAGUGGAGGCCGCAGGCGAUAGUAUUCGAAAUAGUGACGGACAAAAAGUUCGAUAUGAUAAUCAUGUUGUUCAUCGGGCUGAACAUGCUCACGAUGACGUUGGACCAUUAUCAACAGACCCAGACGUUUAGCGACGUGUUGGACUAUCUGAACAUGAUAUUCAUUGUGAUAUUCACCAGCGAGUGUCUCAUGAAGAUCUUCGCCCUGCGUUACCACUAUUUCAAGGAGCCAUGGAACCUCUUUGAUUUUGUUGUUGUUAUAUUGUCAAUAUUAGGUCUGGUGCUCAGCGACAUCAUCGAAAAGUACUUCGUAUCACCGACGUUGCUUCGCGUGGUAAGGGUGGCAAAAGUCGGUCGUGUACUUCGACUCGUGAAAGGUGCCAAGGGUAUCCGAACGCUCCUGUUUGCCCUGGCGAUGUCGUUACCGGCCCUGUUCAACAUUUGCCUGUUACUGUUUUUGGUGAUGUUCAUCUUCGCGAUAUUCGGCAUGUCGUUCUUUAUGCACGUGAAAGACAAAAGCGGACUGGACGACGUGUACAAUUUCAAGACGUUUGGCCAGUCGAUGAUACUGCUGUUUCAG